GUCUUAUGCUCAGACAUGCUCUCUCUCUUUUUCUCUCUCUCUAAAAGCGACGAUUCCCCUCAACCUUUCAAUGCAAGUAAAUACAUCAAAAUCCUCUUUAUCCCAUUACUCGCGUUGCGCCCUUGAUUUUUAGGGGUUUGUUUUCUGAGCUAUUUCACUGUGCAAUCAGAAGAAGUUCAUCAAGUUCAUCGUUGAGAUUUGUGCCAGAUUCCAAGUGGGUUUAGCUCGGAUUUUGCAGCUCCUAAUAUUUACAGUUUUUGUUAUGCACUGAAUUUAAUUGCGAACUCAUUCAAAUACUGGCUGAUAUUUUAGAAUUGGAAGGUGUGGCUUUCCCUUGUAUCUGUCUGAUGAAAGUCAUUUCUGGAAGUCAGAACUGAACAUUCUGUUGGUCUCAAAACCUGUAUAGGUGCAGUAACUGGUUAAUAAUCUCACUCACUGAUCGAGAGAAAAUUAGCUGAUUGAUAAUCCCAUGUAAUGGUGCUGUACAAUAAGUUAUAAUGCUGGCAAAUGAAAUAGCUUUAGAGUACUUGCCCAUUGAUUCCAUAAAACUUUUAUGAGAAAUAUGCCUUCAUGGUGGGGGAAGUCGUCGUCCAAAGAAGCAAAGAAGAAGGCCGGAAAGGAAAGUUUCAUUGACUCAUUACAUCGGAAAUUUAAAUUUUCAUCAGAAAGUAGAGUGAAUGGUAGAUCAGGAGGGUCACAAGGACAUUGCAAUGACACAAUUUCGGAAAAGGGAUGUCAAUCCCCUAUAGAAUCAAGAUCCCCUUCGCCCUCCAAAAAUGUUUCAAGAUGUCAAAGUUUUGCUGAAAGGACUAAUGCUCAACCACUUCCACUUCCUGGUCUACAUCCUGCUCAUGUUGGUCGUACAGAUUCUGGAAUUAGUAUAUCAACAAAACCAAGAUCGGAAAAAGGCUCUAAGCCAUUAUUGUUUCUACCUCUCCCGAUGCCUGGGUGCAUUGGUAGUAGGUCAAAUCCUACAGACUUAGAUGGAGAUAUGGUCACUGCUUCAGUUUUUAGUGAGAGCUCCGUUGAUAGUGAUGAUCCAGCUGACUCAUGCCAUCGUAGCCCUCAGGCAACUGACUAUGACAAUGGGAAUAGAACUGCUGCGGGAAGCCCUUCCAGUUCAAUGCUGAAGGAUCAGAUAUUCACUGUUGCCCCAAUAAAGUCAAGAGAGCCAAAAAAAUCAGCCAUUUCCUUCAGUAAUAACAUUUCCCCUACAUCACCCAAACGGAGGCCUUUAAGAAGUCAUGUGCCAAACCUACAGGUUCCUUAUCAUGGAGCAUUCUGCAGUGCUCCUGACAGCUCAAAGUCAAGUCCUUCUAGAAGUCCAAUGAGAGCAUUUGGCAAUGAGCAAGUUGUGAACACUGCUUUCUGGGCUGCAAAAACUUAUACAGAUGUCACCCUAGUUGGAUCUGGCCACUGCUCCAGUCCAGGUUCGGGUCACAAUUCUGGGCAUAAUUCAAUGGGAGGGGAUAUGUCUGGACAAUUGUUUUGGCAGCAAAGCAGGGGUAGCCCUGAGUAUUCUCCAGUACCCAGUCCCAGAAUGACAAGCCCAGGCCCAGGAUCAAGAAUUCAUAGCGGUGCCGUUACACCUAUCCAUCCUAGAGCAGGAGGGACUCCCAAUGAGACACAGACAAGCUGGGCUGAUGAUGGGAAACAACAAAGUCAUCGUUUGCCUCUUCCUCCUGUGACAAUUUCUAAUGCGUCUCCCUUUUCUCAUUCAAAUUCAGCAGCAACAUCUCCUUCUGUGCCACGAAGUCCAGGAAGGGCAGAGAACCCAGCAAGUCCUGGUUCACGCUGGAAAAAGGGAAAGCUGCUGGGUAGAGGGACAUUUGGACACGUUUAUGUUGGUUUUAAUAGUGAAAGUGGCGAAAUGUGUGCAAUGAAGGAGGUUACAUUAUUUUCUGACGAUGCAAAGUCCAAAGAAAGUGCUAAGCAGUUAAUGCAGGAAAUUACUUUAUUGAGUCGUUUACGGCAUCCAAACAUUGUUCAAUAUUAUGGGUCUGAAUCAGUUGGUGAUAGGCUGUAUAUAUAUUUGGAGUAUGUAUCUGGCGGCUCCAUAUAUAAACUUCUCCAAGACUAUGGGCAAUUUGGUGAUCUAGCAAUUCGUAGUUAUACUCAGCAAAUCUUGUCGGGACUUGCAUAUUUACAUGCUAAAAAUACCGUCCACAGGGAUAUUAAAGGAGCAAAUAUACUUGUAGACCCAAAUGGACGUGUCAAGUUAGCAGACUUUGGGAUGGCAAAGCAUAUCACUGGCCAGUCAUGUCCUUUAUCAUUUAAGGGAAGCCCUUACUGGAUGGCACCUGAGGUUAUAAAAAACUCAAGUGGUUGCAACCUUGCUGUGGACAUAUGGAGUCUUGGGUGCACUGUUUUGGAAAUGGCUACAACAAAACCACCUUGGAGCCAGUAUGAAGGGGUUGCUGCCAUGUUUAAGAUUGGGAAUAGUAGGGAACUGCCAGUAAUUCCAGAUCACCUCUUGGAUGAUGGAAAGGAUUUCAUAAGGCAAUGCUUACAGCGAAAUCCACUCCAUCGUCCUACAGCUGCUCAGCUUUUGGAGCAUCCUUUUGUGAAAUAUGCUGCACCUUUGGAAAGGCCUAUCUUGGGUCUUGAGCCUUCUGAUCCACCCUCUGGGAUUACAAAUGGAGUGAAAGCACUGGGCAUUGGGCAAUCAAGGAAUUUCUCCAACUUGGAUUCAGAUAGGCUUGCAAUUCAUUCAUCUAGAGUUUCAAAAACUAAUAACCAUACCAGUGAGAUCCAUAUUCCAAGGAACAUAUCAUGCCCCGUCUCACCCAUCGGAAGUCCUCUAUUGCACUCAAGGUCACCACCACACCUAAAUGGAAGAAUGUCACCUUCUCCUAUAUCUAGCCCGCGCACCACUUCGGGCUCAUCCACACCUCUCACAGGUGGCAGCGGUGCCAUUCCAUUUAUUCACAUGAAACAGUCCAUCAACUUGCAAGAGGGUUUUGGAGGCAUUUCAAAGCCCAUGAAUGGUUUCUAUGUCAAUGGGCCCUCCUCCUAUCACGAUUCAUGUCCUGACAUGUUUCGAGGGAAGCAGCCAGGGUCUCAUAUCUUCUCAGAACUGAUGCCUUGUGAGAAUGAUGUUCUGGGAAAGCAAUUUGUAAGGCCUGCCCAUGCGGAGCAGUAUGAUGGACAGUCAGUUUUGGCUGAUCGUGUGUCUCGCCAACUCCUUAAGGAUCAUGUUAAGAUGAACUUGUCACUGGAUUUAAGUCCCAACUCUCCUUUGCCCAGCCGCACAAACGGUGUCUAACUAAUUUUGAUGGACCCGCCAAUCAGUUCAAGCUCUCAAGUUAAUCAGACCAUUCUUGGAUAUACUGGAUCAACUAUCCGUCAUGUUGAACUGCAAAGGAAAUUAUAUUUGUACAAUAAGGACCCAAAGUUGAAGAACUGUGGAAUAAGGUUGAAGCUCUGGAAAGUUAGUGGCUGGAAGCAGGCAACUCUUUUGCAUGGCUUAGUGUUCAGGCUUAUGGCAUUUGGUAAGCUAAGCCAGACGAGAUCUGAUUCUGAAAUCAUGCAUGGUCAAGCUCAAUUCCUGACAAAUAAUAGACUUUUAUAGUACAUAGAACGUGACGCGGUUUUGACUUUGUACAAAGUUGAGUGCUUGACUGAUUGGAGCAAUGAAAGCUUGAUUUCGCCCGACAAGGAUGGCUUCUGAUGAUCCAAAUGUAUUGCAGUUUCUUCGGUAAGAAAAUACUCAAGGCAGCAAGAAAUGUAUAUUUUUUGAGAUGUUCAUAUAGAGAAAGAGAGGCUAAGAAGCAGCCUAAGAGAGAAAACUAUUAGCUUUGGAACAAUUUUUUGUGUCUGAAACUGCUGUACAGAAGACGGGAGACUGAGCUGGGGUCCUGAUUUGGUUAACGAAAUAGUCAGUUGGGGAUUUUUGAAGCCUGCACAUUCUGUUUCUUGUACUGAUUUAUUGCAGGCUCAUGUGUAACAUUGUAUACUCUUGUAUCUCAUUUCUUUCUUGUAUCAUGUAUGUAUGUAUGUACUGUACAUCAUCCACUUAAGUGAAAUGAAGAAAUCUAACCACAUGUUUCUCU